AGAUCACAUAUAAAAAAAAAAAGUACCAGUAUUUUGGGUAUUAGCGUUUUACUUUCAACAAGUAUUUGCCUACAAAUUAGACUACAUUGUGCAAGCUUUUCGUCGUGUGCCCUGCUCCACAGAAACACAUAUACUAUAUUCAAAUGAAACUCCAGUUAAAUAAGUGCACCCAGAUAUUCCUGCUUUUACAUUUCCGUUAUAUACAGAAUAAGCCUUGCUUGACCUGUGUGUGUGUAUAUAUGUAUAAAACACACACACACACACACACACAUAUAUAUGCACAUACAUGAAUAUAAAUAAAUACAGAAUAGGAGUAGAGGGUUGAUGCAUAAAUUAAAUGCCCAUUACAUAAGCUACACGUAGACACACAGAACUGGUUAAUUGAAUUCGUUUAUCAGAAUUAUGGAGAAGGUGUUUAGUCGCACAAAGAGAAGGGGCUAAAUGAGGGUCACAUUAAAGUUUGUUUUCGCUCUAAGCAGGCCAAAAACGAAAAUACUUUGCAGUGGAAAAAUUGAAAAGCGGUAUAAACGAUAACCCCUAUUCUUUUAUUUAUUUUUUUUAAUGUUACUUGCCUGUAUGUGAGCUUUACCUUUGGCAAUGCCCUCUCCUCCCUGGACCUGCGUUUGAAUCACUGGUAAACAAACUGACCUACAUCCUUUGUUCAACUUCAAGCUCCCUGCGUCUGUACCUCACAUCAGCAGGUAGAUGUCGCUCUUACUCCACGUUCAUUUUCCUCCUUUCGACAACUUGACCCCUGUGACGUCACCCGCGUCUGAAUCACCAAGGCCAUUUUCAAUCCUCAUUGGCUUGGGAGUCACGUGGUGGGGGGGCCCAAUGCGUGGAUAAUUAUGGUGCUGAUAUUUUUUCCCCUAAAAAAAAAAAGAUGUCAGCCACUGGCUGUAGUAUUCCUCUUUAAAAAGCCUGUCUGAAAAUGUCAUGUCCCAACAAUGUGACUCCUAACUCGUUUUUGAUGGACUCAUUGGCCGGCAGCUGCAGAGGAGACAAUUAUUCCACCAGCCCAGGGAUGUAUAUGCAGACUGGGAACGAAUUCAGCUGUGGGAUGAUGAGAAACUGUGGAAUUGUCCCGUCUCUUUCAAAAAGGGAUGAUGUGAAUAACCCUGGCUUGUCUCUCAACACCUACCCCUCUUACCUUUCUCAACUGGACAAUUGGUGUGACCCCAAAAAUACUUACAGGAUUGAACAACCUGUUGCCAGGCAGCUCUCCUCCUGCUCUUUCCCCACCAAUGUCAAGGAGGAAAAUGUGUGUUGUAUGUACAAUACUGAUAAAAGAGCGAAAAACGCCACCGAGGCUGCCCUCUACCCAAACCAGAUGCCAGAGACUCGCCCAAGUGACCAUGAAGUUCCUGUCCCCAGUUACUACCGAGCCACUCAAGGUUACCCAAUGGACAAGACCCCCAGCUGUCACAGCACUGGCGACUUUGAGACAAGUUAUGAGAAUAGGACGAGUGUUAACGCCAGAAGUGAGAUCUUAGAGCAACAACAAGCUGUGGGGAAAGGGGGGUUCCCCGAAAAUACCAAGACAGAUAACCAGUCCCUGGCCACCAACCUUAGCACCAACUCCAGCUCUGCCAGUGAUAUAAAGACAGAGAAAAGUCUCCCAGCUCCCAAGCUGCCACCCUCGGAUGGGGACAAGGAGCCCAGUAAGAACACAGACACCAGCACCGACAAUUCUGACACCGAAGCAAAAGAGGAUAUAAAGGCAGAAAACGCUGCAGGAAAUUGGCUGACAGCUAAGAGCGGAAGAAAGAAAAGGUGUCCUUAUACUAAGCACCAGACGCUGGAACUGGAAAAGGAGUUCUUGUUUAAUAUGUACUUGACCCGCGAGCGCCGCCUAGAGAUCAGUAAGAGCAUCAACUUAACAGACAGACAAGUGAAAAUCUGGUUUCAGAACCGCAGGAUGAAAUUAAAGAAAAUGAACAGGGAGAACCGAAUUCGGGAACUGACUUCCAAUUUUAAUUUUACCUGAGCAUCACAAAAAAAAAAGGGUAAUAAGAAAGAGAAAAAACAAAAACGCCAACAACAAAGACCCCAAGACAGAAAUGGCAUCUCCCCUACCCCACCCCUAAAAGGAAAAUUUGAAACAAAAAAAAAGAAAAAGAUCCAAUCGAAAAACACUUGUACGUUUUCUAAGUCGUUAUUAAAACGCAUAUAAAAACAACUUGUAAGUAUACCGUUAGGUGAUUUUGGCAAUUUCCAGGCACAUCGAUAUAAAGCAUGAUCUUAUAUUGCAUCUCUGUUCCUAUGUACAAAGCCAGCUGCUGAAAUGGUAUUUUAAGUUAUUUACUUCCACAGACAUUUUUUUUUAAUUACUUUUUUUUUUGGCAAAUUACCUUAUAGAGGAUCCCCCCCAAAAAAAAUGCGUUGAAAGUUUACUCCAUCAGUGUAACCUGUAUAUUGUAUCUCAAGAGCAGAACUGAUUUUACAUGUUUGUAAAUGAGCAGCUGACAUUACAUAUUAUAUAAAAUAUAUAUAUAUAUAUAAAAAUUACACUUAAAUAUAUAUAUAUAUCUUUUGCAGUUCCUCUAACUGGGUGACUGCAUAUUUAAGUAAAGGGGAAAAUAACAGUAUUGCUACUCCAUUUAAAAUACAUUUCUUGUGACCGUUAUAAAAAAAAGUAAAAAAAAAAGAAAUCAUGUAUGUGUAAGUUUUGCAUGUAUUUUCCUUUGUGGAGAAAAAAAUAAUAAAUUUGAUAGAACUGU